AUUUCAUAACAUUUAAAUAUUCUCAUCCCUUCAACUAUACCAAUCCUCCAUUCCCCUCCUUCCUCAUUUCCCUCCCACCUUUUUUUCCAUCCUCCAUCAACCUUUUCAUUGAUAAAAUGUGUUCCAUUCUUCGUAACCCAAAAAGAUCACUAUCAACCCCUCUUCUUUACCUAUCUAGCAGCUCAAAUACCAGUCAAUCCAGCAAUGAUACAACAGAGGACAAUCAAAAUCAAAAUCCGAAUCCAUUUUGUUAUUCGGGUCGGAUCCAGUUAUUAGAUGUAACCCUUUUAAAAUGGUCCAAACCCAACUCAAAUUCCAAGUCAUACGUACUCCUGGAUGUACUUUCAGGUCAUGUAGGAGCAAUUUCAUGUUUAGCUUUAUGUGGUGAAUUUGUAUUGAGUGCAUCCCAAGGAAAGGAUAUAAUUGUUUGGCAACAACCGGAUUUAAGGCAGUUUACUAAGUUUGGUACUGGGGAUGGAUCUGUUAAAGCUCUUGUUACUGUUGGGAAUAAGGUAUUUACUGCCCAUCAAGAUAGUCGGAUCCGGGUCUGGAAGGUUUCUAGAAGAUCGGAGAAUGUUUUCCGUCUUGUUGACACGCUUCCCACUACGAAAGAUUGUUUAGGUAAGUGUAUGAAACAGAGUAAUUAUGUAGAAAUUAGAAGACAUCGUAAAAAAUUAUGGAUUGAACAUGCUGAUAGUAUUUCUUGUUUAGCUGUUGAAAAUGGGUUAAUUUAUUCUGGGUCUUGGGAUAAAACUUUAAAGGUAUGGAGAUUAUCAGAUCUAAGAUGUUUGGAAUCCAUUAAUGCUCAUGAUGAUGCACUUAAUGGGUUAAUUGCAAGGAAUGGGAUUGUUUACUCUGCUUCAGCUGAUGGAAAAAUCAAAGUAUGGGGUAAAGAUAUGAUCAAAAACCCGAGCUCGAAUUCGAGUUUUCAUAAGUUGGAAGCUGUUUUGGAGGGACAUAAGGAUGUAUCCAUGAAUGCUGUGAUCGUUUCCGGGAAUGGGAAUGAAAGAGUGUAUGGAGGGGAAUCAAAUGGGUAUUUGAUGGGAUGGGAAAGGGAAAGAACAGGGAAAUGGAAAAUGGUGGUAGAGGUAAAAGGACAUGAAUCAGCUGUUUUGUGUUUGAGUUUAAUGGGGGAGAUUUUGUGUAGUGGAUCAGCUGAUAAGAGUAUUUGUUUAUGGAGAAGAGAAAAUUUGAGAGGAGGGAUUUGCAAAGUAGGGGUUAUAAGAGGACAUGAAGGUCCAAUUAAGUGUUUGCAAGCAUCAAGUAAUUGUGUUGGAGGAGGGUUUUUGUUGUAUAGUGGAAGUCUUGAUAAAAGCCUAAGAGUUUGGUGGGUUUCUAAGGAUAUCAAUGAUGUAGAACAAGAAUUAUGAUUUACAACAACGCCACAGUUUUAAUCCUAACAAUACAAUACGAGGUUACGAAUUGAAACAAAGAAAAAUUAGUAUUUUGGGUGUUUAAUUAAUCAGUCUGUCUUGUAUAAACCGUCUAACGGUGAGACGAUCUCAAAAUGAGAAACUUACAAGCUAAAAGUUUAAGUUAUUGGGUUAUUUAACUGUCUCAUACAUGAAUUUGUGAUAAUUAAGAUAGAUUGAAGCAUUGGUCGCCAUUUUUGAGAAUGUCCAUUGCUUUAGAAGAUGAUUUAUUUGAUUUUGUAAAGUGUAAAUCCUUAGGUAUAAGUUGUUUUCCUUCAUUGGUUAAAUUUUUUUUUUUUUUUUAUGUUUUUUUACUUGUAUGUAUGGGAUGUAUACGAUGUGAGA